CCAAAACCUUUUAGACCAAACAAAUGGAAUUUCCACCCCAAACUUUCCCAGCAACUCCAACAUCUUCCUCUUCUUCUUCUCCUUCACCGUAAUCUCGGCUAAAACAAGACCAAACAUAAUGUCUUUAGCUCCAACAAGUCACAUGUCUCUCUGUUCUGCACCGCCAUUGCCAAGAACUUCUUUGACCAAGCAGCAGAACAACCACCCACUUGUGUUUUCUCCGACCAAGAAUUUCUCAGGUCUGAGCACUUCAAGCAGUUUCCUCAGCAGCCGUUCGGUUAGACUAUCUAUUUUCUUAGUAAAAACAUCGGAAACUGAGUCGAAACCAGCAGAGAGUGGAAGUGAAGGAGGAGAAGGAGAAGGAAAACCAGAAGCAUAUGAGGAGUAUGAGGUGGAAGUGGUGCAGCCUUACGGGCUGAAAUUCUCCAAAGGCCGAGAUGGCGGAACUUACAUUGAUGCCAUUGCGCCCGGUGGAUCUGCUGACAAGACUGGCAAGUUUACUGUUGGGGAUAAAGUUAUUGCCACAAGUGCAGUUUUUGGGGAUGAAAUAUGGCCUGCUGCCGAGUAUGGGAGGACAAUGUACACUAUUCGCCAGAGGAUCGGUCCACUUCUCAUGCGAAUGCAGAAGAGAUACGGCAAUUUAGAUACUUCAGGUGAAUUAACGGAAAAGGAGAUUAUCAGAGCUGAGAGGAAUUCUGGUGUAAUUAGCGGAAAAUUGAGGGAUAUCCAAAUGCAAAACUAUCUGAGGAAAAAGGAACAAAAAGCGCAGAGAGAAAGUGACCUUCGACAAGGCCUCCAGCUGUACAAGGGUGGCAAAUAUGAGGAAGCAUUGGAGAAAUUUGAAUCUGUACUAGGAUCAAAACCAGAGUUAGAUGAAGCUUCCAUUGCAAGUUACAAUGUUGCUUGUUGUUAUUCUAAGCUUAAUCAGAUACAAGCUGGGAUCUCUGCACUUGAGGAUGCCCUGAAAGCUGGAUUUGAAGACUUCAAGAGAAUCCGGACUGAUCCUGACCUAGAGAAUGUAAGAAAAUCUGAGGAAUUUGAACCUCUAUUGAAAAGAUUUGACGAAUCAUUCAUCAACGAGAAUGCCAUCAACGCCAUCAAAUCUAUAUUUGGCAUUUUCAACAAGAAAUAGUGCAAUGAGCUACUUCAAAAGUUCAAAGGACUUGAGCUGGUAUGCAUUAGAGCUUAACGGCAAAUCAAUGAAGGGAUUGACUGAGCCAUCAGCCAUCUGGUGCUUCAGACGGAUCAGUUUCGCAAGUAUCAAUUUGUUCAUGGUUUUGGUUUUGGAUGAGUUUGGAAGAUAUUUUUUUCUCUAGUCUUGCUUGCUUCAAUCUUUUUCUCUGAUGAGAAUCUUCUGUUUGUAAUUUGCAAGAAUUGAAGAUAGAAACUUACGAGGGUAACGAAAAGUUUGAUAUACAAAAAUUUCAUCAAAUGACAUGAGUGUAAAUUGCUUUUGUGUUUGCAAA